CGGAAGUUGAGAGUGACGGACGCCGCUGUGGGUCAAAAAUCACGGGGCAAAACACCCGGCAAGCAGGUACAGAGGACUCAUAGUUGGAGGCGGCAGAGCUAUGGAAGAUGACGCGCCGGUGAUUUAUGGGCUGGAGUUCCAGGCACGUGCUUUGACACCUCAGACAGCAGAAACAGAUGCAAUACGAUUUUUGGUUGGGACGCAGUCUCUGAAAUAUGAUAACCAGAUUCACAUCAUAGAUUUUGAUGAUGAAAAUAACAUUAUAAACAAAAAUGUUCUUCUCCAUCAAGUGGGUGAAAUUUGGCAAAUCAGUGCCAGUCCUGCAGAUAAAGGUGUGCUGGCAACCUGCUACAAUAGAACUUCAGACAGUAAAGUCAUGACAUGUGCGGCUGUUUGGAGGAUGCCGAAGGAAUUGGAAUCAGGCAGUCAUGAAUCCCCUGAUGAUUCAUCAAGCAACACUCAAACCCUGGAGCUACUCUGUCACCUUGACAACACAGCCCAUGGCAAUAUGGCCUGUGUUAUGUGGGAGCCAAUGGGAGAUGGUAAAAAGCUUAUUUCACUGGCUGAUAAUCACUUAUUAUUGUGGGAUUUGCAAGAAAGCUCAAGCAAGGCAGUGCUCUCUAAUUCUGCUGCAUUGGAAGGGAAAGGGCAGUUAAAAUUUACUUCUGGACGAUGGAGCCCACAUCACAACUGCACACAAGUUGCAACAGCCAAUGACACUACCAUUCGAGGAUGGGAUACACGAAGCAUGAGACAGAUAUAUUGCAUAGAAAAUGCACAUGGACAGCUGGUACGGGACCUAGAUUUUAAUCCCAAUAAACAGUACUACCUGGCUAGUUGUGGCGAUGACUGCAAGGUGAAAUUCUGGGACACUAGGAACAUCAAUGAGCCGGUGAAGACACUAGAGGAGCAUUCCCACUGGGUAUGGAAUGUCCGCUACAAUCAUUCUCAUGAUCAGUUAGUCCUUACUGGCAGCAGUGAUAGCAGAGUCAUAUUGUCUAACAUGGUAUCAAUUUCUUCCGAACCCUUUGGACACCUGGUAGAUGAUGAUGAACUUAGUGACCAAGAGGACCACCAUCAGGAAGAGAAGACUAAAGAGCCCCUUCAAGACAGCAUAAUAGCUACUUACGAAGAACAUGAAGACAGUGUAUAUGCGGUGGAAUGGUCCUCAGCAGACCCAUGGCUGUUUGCCUCUUUAAGUUAUGAUGGGAGACUUGUUAUUAACAGAGUACCCAGAGCACUUAAAUAUCAUAUAUUGUUAUAAUUUGUGUGGAUUAUCAUUAAUUAUUAAUUUGGCAUUCCUUUCAAAAGGUUUGACGGUUGUUGAUUGUUCAGUUUUAGGAGUUUAGUACUCUUUGUUUGAAAGUGAACAUUUAAAUAUAUUUUUUUUUUUAAUGUUUGGAACAGCGGUGAUAUAUUUUCCUCAAGUUGUGGUACUGUUUUUUUUUUUUGUUUUUUUUUUAAAUAUAGUAAGUUUAAUAAGGAAAUUGUUAACAGUUGAUUGUUAUUAAAAUAUACUGUUUUUGAUGCAUGGA